AUGGUAAAAGCAACUCAACAUCGAUUCACAAACGAUGAAAGACGAGUUUUUAAACAAAAGACAGGUGUCCAAAUAUCUCAAAAACUAAGACCAUAUAUCCAAGGUCAAAAAUUAGCCCCAGAACAAAUUGAGUUCAUUAAAUUGGUGUGUGGAAAGUAUGGAGAUAAACCAAAGGUCUUGCAACAAAUUUUACCUUUCGCACCUUCGACGAUUUACAAAUAUUGCAAUGAAAUACAAAAAGAAAAAGCUCUCGGAAGGCCUCCACAAAAGCAAUUCAAUGGGAUUGAAGUCAGGAGAGUAUGGGCUUUGCCAAAACACACUAAUACCUUGGCCAUUCAUUAUACUAUGAACUUCUUUUUCCUUAUGAAUGGAGCAGGUGUUUGA